CCCGGCGACGACGCCGACGCGCGUCGACGCGCCGAGCGACGCGACGCGUCGCGAGGCCCUGCGCGCGCGACCGCGCGACGCGGAGACGACCGGCGAGGGCGCGCGCGAGGGACGCGCGCGCGAGGACGCGCGAGGCGCGAUCGGUCGCGCGACCGAAGGACGCGACGCGGGACGAGGCGCGAGACGUGCGGCGCGAGACGUGCGGCGACGAUGACGCGAUUGCGAGCGAGCGAGUACGGGGAUUACGACGCGAUGGUGAGCGCGCUGUUGAAGCACGAGUUUCUGCCCGAGGAGGAGGUCAUGACGCUGUGCGAUCGAGCGCGCGGGUUGUUGGCGGAGGAGAGCAACGUGCAGCUCGUGCGAGCGCCGGUGACGGUGGUGGGGGACAUACACGGACAGUUUCACGACAUGAUGGAGAUGUUCAAGAUGGGAGGGCUGGCGCCCGAUACGAAUUAUCUGUUUUUGGGGGAUUACGUCGAUCGCGGGUACUACUCGGUGGAGACGGUGACGUUGGUCGUCGCGCUCAAGGUGAGGUAUCCGGAUCGGGUGACGAUCAUUCGUGGGAAUCACGAGUCGAGACAGAUCACGCAGGUGUACGGGUUCUACGACGAGUGCAUGCGGAAGUACGGACACGCGGGAAUUUGGAAGGCGUUUACAGAUCUCUUUGAUUUCAUGCCUCUGUCGGCGGUGAUCGAGAAUAAGAUAUUCUGCCCGCACGGUGGCUUGUCGCCGUCGAUCGACACGCUGGAUGACGUGCGUAAGAUCGAUCGGUUCGCGGAAGUUCCGCACGAAGGACCGGUGUGUGAUUUGGUGUGGAGCGAUCCCGACGAUCGCGCCGGGUGGGGGAUGAGCCCGCGAGGCGCCGGGUACACGUUCGGGCAGGAUAUCACGGAGCAGUUCAACCACAACAACGGUCUGAAGCUCAUCGCGCGCGCGCAUCAAUUGGUGAUGGAAGGGUACCUUUGGCACCACGACCAGUCGUUAGUGACGAUUUUCAGCGCCCCGAAUUACUGCUACAGGUGCGGUAACCAAGCGAGCAUCAUGGAGGUGGACGACAAUUUGGGAACGUCUUUCCUUCAGUUCGAUCCCGCGCCCAGGCGAGGCGAGGAGCAGCAGGCGGCGAAGCGGUGUCCGGACUAUUUCCUGUGAGUGUUCGUGGUGUACAACUUCUUAGAUUUACGAUUACUAGA